AUACCAGCUUGUUAAAUUUGCCACAUGCAAAUAUAGAAUGAGCCGUUUGUAAGAGAAAUACGCGUGGAUAGAACAGUGGUUUUGUUGUAAUAAAUUAAACGCGCAGAACGCCGUUGCUUUAUUAUAGAAACGUUAGUUUUUUUGCCAGCAGUGGUUUCUACUGGAUAAUAACACUGUACAACCCUGCGUGUAAAAUACAGCGCGUUUUAACUUAGGGGGGGUCCUUUAUCACGGUGCCCCUGUACUGUGGAGACGCACGGGCCCACUGCGCAUUCCCUGACGUCAUCGCAUUUACCAUGGACGAAUACAAGAUGAAACGGAACUGCUCGACUCGUGUGAGACUAACCUGUCACUUGUAGUGUCUGUGAAAGUAAAGCCCUGGGUUUAGACGAGGGUACUUGUAAGUGAUAUAUCGUGUCCAUUUAGCUGCUGUAAUAAUAAUACUGCACAGAACUUUGCAUUGCAUAGAUAGAAGGAAAAACUAACAGACAUUUUUCUACGUGCUUUUAAUAAUCGGGGUGAGUCUGUGUAUUAUAUUUGCAUGAAAUUGGAAAAUGAACGGGGCAUGCUAAAUUAUCUCCCAGGUGCAGCGCUACACUAAACUGACAGCAAAACUGACCCUUAGUGGAAAAAAAAACACAAAACAAACACACACAUCUGAUUAUGUAAUAGGUGCUAAAACUUAACGUGUAUUUAAUACUGACUCGUUUUCCUGCCUCGACCGGCUAGUAGGACACACAGCCACCCGUGCAUGCAGCUGCAUCAUCUUUAUCAGAACGCGGCUAAAGACUUUGGGGGCUUCCGAGCACAUACUUACACGCUCCCUCAUUUUCAAAGCCGAAACGGGAGCCCUGGUGAAUUUUUUUGCAUAACGCACAUUUGUCGAAUUGUUAUCGAUAAACACGCCGAAUGCGUCCUUCGGUAAUGUAACCGCGCGACCCGCCUGCAAGCUCCCACCCCUUGAACUGAACACAGGAACACGUGCGCGCGCGGGAAGCUCCGCCCUUCUGUGCAUGCAAGCGUUCUGGAAGCUUUAUAAUUUUUUUUUGCAUCAGCACCAGCCUCUUUGCAGAAGGGAGGACGCAUCUGCGUGAAAAGAGCAUUGGUUUAUUCUUGACCGUUUUUGUUAUUAUUAUUAUUAAUAUUAUUUUAGUUUUAUUUCUUUUUUUUUUAAAAUUAUUUUAUUUCACAUUCCCAGCUCCCACACCCGGAUAGCCGCUUGAGAACCGGUUAAAACUACAAAGUCACUCUUCCGGGAUUGGUGGAAUAAACAAGGCAUUUUUUUUUUUUUUUUUUUUUCAUUGAAGAUUCUCAUUACGUAGCUUCGGACCCGCCUCUUUCCGCCACGCCCUCUUAUCUUACCUACCUCCCUACCUCUCUACCUAUCGCCCUUUGUGAUUGCGCGUGUGGUUCUUUUUUUUUUGUUUGUUUUUAGAUAUUUCUUGCGUGUUUUAUUUGUGCACCAUCAUGGAAACGACCAAGCUACCCCCGUCCAGCCCUUCCUCCCCUACCACCGGCUUCUCCGUGCCCAACGCCGAGAAAGUGGACGGAUUCCCCCGGCGUUCGAUGCGUCGAGCCCGGCAGAGACGCUCGCACAGCUCGUCCCAAUUUCGGUAUCAAAGCUCGCAAGUGGAACUGACCCCUCUGCCGCUUUUAAAAGACGUCCCCGUGUCGGAGCUGCACGAUCUGUUCUGUAAGAAGCUGCAGCAGUGCGGAGUGGUCUUCGACUUCCUCGACUGCGUGGCGGACCUCAAGGGCAAGGAGAUCAAGCGGGGGGCUCUCAACGAGCUGGUGGAGUGCAUCGCCACCAACCGAGGGGUCCUCAUCGAGCCAGUGUACCCCGAGGCUGUGAAGAUGAUCUCCGUGAAUAUCUUCCGCACUCUGCCGCCCAGCGAGAGUCUGGAAUUCGACCCCGAGGAGGAUGAGCCGACGCUGGAGGCCUCCUGGCCACACCUGCAGCUGGUGCACGAGUUCUUCCUGAGAUUCCUGGAGAGCGCCGACUUCCAGCCAUCGGUGGCCAAGCGGUACAUCGACCAGAAGUUUGUGAUGCAGCUGCUAGACCUCUUUGACAGCGAGGACCCGCGAGAGAGGGAGUAUCUCAAGACUAUUCUUCACCGGGUCUAUGGGAAGUUCCUGGGACUGCGGGCGUACAUCCGCAAACAAAUCAACAACAUCUUCCUGAGGUUCAUCUACGAAACGGAGCACUUCAACGGGAUAGCAGAGCUUCUGGAGAUCCUAGGCAGCAUCAUCAACGGGUUCGCUUUGCCUCUGAAAUCGGAACACAAGCAGUUCCUGGACCGAGUCCUCAUUCCUCUCCACACAGUGAAGUCUCUGUCUGUAUUCCACGCGCAGCUGGCGUACUGCGUGGUGCAGUUUAUGGAAAAAGACGCCACUGUGACAGAAUAUGUAAUCCGAGGUCUCCUGAAAUACUGGCCCAAAACCUGCACUCAGAAAGAGGUGAUGUUCUUGGGAGAGGUAGAGGAGAUCCUGGAUGUGAUUGAGCCCUCCCAGUUUUUGAAGAUUCAGGAACCUCUCUUCAAGCAGAUUGCUUACUGCAUCUCCAGCCCCCACUUCCAGGUGGCCGAGCGAGCUCUCUACUUCUGGAACAACGAAUACAUCCUGAGUCUGAUUGAGGAUAACUGCAGCGUCAUCCUGCCCAUCAUCUUCGCUACCCUGUACAGAGUCUCCAAGGAGCACUGGAACCAGACUAUCGUCUCUCUGAUCUACAACGUCUUGAAGACUUUCAUGGAGAUGAACACCAAGCUGUUUGAUGAACUCACUGCCUCUUACAAAGUGGAGAAACAGAAAGAGCAGAAGAAGGAGAGGGAGAGGCAGGAGCUGUGGAGGAAGCUGGAAGAUCAGAGGAUACGGAAGCUGCAGAGUUUGGGAGAGGCAGAAAAGAACCGACUCAACCUGCAAAUGAGCCAGAAAGACCAGAGAGGAGAGACCAACAGCGGCUCGGACGGGCCGAACGGACCGACCAGCAAAACCUAGAACCCUCCCAGGCCAGCGAGACCUUACCCAGAACCCCCUCGCUGGACCGGCACCAAAAACCAUUAGGACUUUUAUUAAAUAAUAAUAAUAUUAAUAAUAAUAAUAAUAAUAAUAAUAUGUUGCAGUGUGUAGGAUAAAACACUAGGGGGAGCUGUUUCAACAAUACAGCAACAGUUCUGCAGCACCUAGAAUUUUAGGACCGAGAGACAUAAUUAAGAAAAACCUAAUCAUUCAAAUCUGACCCCGUCUAUAGCACCACUGCAUGGCUUUCCCCCUCCGGUUUCAGAAAUGAAUUCUUGGAUUGACCAGGAUUCCGGUGAAACUCCAAACUCUUAAUUAAGAUCGCCGAGCUAGAUGAUGGAUAGUCGCGACGGAUCAAAUACUGGCCCUUUGUUGUCGUCAUUGUUGUCGAAACACUAAAACUAAGCCAAGCAGAAAACCAGUUUUUGGCUCUAGUGCCUUCUUCAGACUUCGUUUCUUACAAUGUCUUACCUUUCCAGUUCCGAGCGCGGUACACCUGGGCUUUGACCCAAAUCUUCCAAACUCUGGAUGAGAAUUUUAAACGCGCUUGCUUUUUGCUAGCAUCUUGUCCCCCCCCCCCCCUCCUCCCUCCCCCCUCCCCCCUCUCCCCUCUCCCCCCCCCCCGCUGUUUUUCAAAUACAGCGCUGUACAUCGCUGGGGCCCGGUCACUUCCUGUGCUGUAGGUCACACGUUUUUUGGCAAUAACCGAACAGUCUAAUUCUAUUUUUCUUGUUUGUGGGUUCUGUAUCGUGUCGGGUCUCCCGUGUGUUUCCCUUUUGUAUUACACUGGACUCCCCAGACUAAUUUAGCACGCUGAAAUAUCAGUGCUGUACGAAUGUCAAACCCAAUAGAACCCAAAAUGCCAGCGAAACUGGAAAACUAUGAGCUGGGACGCGGGUUUUACCAGCGGAAACACGAUUUGAAUUGUACUGCCGCGGACUAAGCCUUGGCGUUCACGCUAGAACUAUGUAAAGAUAGGACAGUCAAUCCCGUGAUGCAGUUCGGUACUCCAUUACAGGCGCCAUUUGUGGAGCCCACUCAAUUCUGAAUACAUUGCGAGCGCGCUGUUAAAGUGAUCUACGGGCUCCAGAAAUGGCUCCGCUGUGCUAACUCUGCCCACUUGUGACAUCAUUUUCUUAGUAUAUAGUCCAAGCGUUGACGUCUUACCUAGCGUCAGGCACCGCAUUCCAUCGCUGCAUUGAAAAGUAACGUGAUGCGUCUUGGAAGUGCGCCCCCUACAGUUUGACACUCGUAGGCACAUGAUACAUAUUGUAUUGGGUAGAGAAGUAAGCAUAUAGAGCUAUAGAUAUCUAAACCUCUGUGUAUGCGGCAGGGGACCGGAAUAUGAAACCAUCUGCCUGUUUCGACAAGCGUUUGGAUGGCGUUGAGUGCCGCGUUUAGUGGAGCUACGGUCAAGGGUUGUGACUCUUAUCAAUUGGGUCCAGUUUACAAAGGCUUCAAGGAGCGAGCUAUGGGGGGGUUGGCUUAGUUAUUUAGCCCGGAAAAAAAUGAAGAUUUAUGAAACUGUAGAGCCGCUGUCUGUCUGCCGUUGAAGAUCAUUUAAGCAGGGUUUAGUUAGCAUGCUGUGGUCCCAUUCUACCAGCCCCGUCCCAUUUGUAGCUGCCCCGUGCAAUCCCUCCCUCUUAGUAUCGCGCAGAACCAUGGAAAAUAACUCGGUUAAGAUUGCCCGCGCAGCAUUUUAGCAGGUGGUUUUUAUGGUUGUGCUUCCCCUGCUGUAUAAAAUUGCUAGCCGUUUCUUCCCAGUUGUUUUGUUCAGACGUAUUCUGUUCACACAGGAGUGUUUUCAGUGACUUUUCGGAGCAGUACGAUAGACGGUCAGCCUCCAGCAGGCUGGUCGCUGAGCGACUCUUUCAUCGCACAAUAAGAUGUACUGUACUUCCAUGGAUAAGUAGGGCAUUCUGGUUUUAUUUAUUUAUUUAUUUUGUAAUGUGUAUAAUUGAUUUAUUUAUUUAUGUAUGUAUUUAUUUAUUUAUUUAUUUCAAACAAAGAAAAAAAAAAAACUUCUAGUAGUUUUGAGAUUGUUAUUUUUUUCCUCCAGUGCAUGUAAAUUUUUUUUUAAAAAACUUAGAUUCAUGCAUGCAAAACAAUAAAAGGUUUUUUAAAUCGAUUAGACGAAGCACGAUGCAAGAUUUAACUCUUCGGUGUCUUCAUUGGCUUAAAACUCAAUGGGGAAAGCAUUUCUGAUUGGAGCAAAUGCCUGUCUCCGCCCCCCCUAAAGGCGGGGCUUGGAUUCAUUGUCCCAUCCCUCCCACCUUGCCUCUUUUGAUUGGCUGAUAAGGAGAGUAGCUCAUUAAGAAUUGAGGGCUUAUUCUGAGAUAAAUGCCACUGAUAUAUACAAAUUCAAGGCUUUAAUUUUGCUAUAUAUUUGUAAACAGACACAAAUUUAGAAACUACCCCAUCGAAGACGUCAUUAGUGACAAAUGAGGUACAGUAUGCCACAGACCAAAAAAAUAAUAAUAAUAAUGGUAAAGAACAAAGAAAUGUUUUCAUAAUAUUUAACUGCCUGAUUCCAUCGUGGGUUCAAAGUUGAAACAACAUCUCGGUCACUUAGCGGGAUUAUGAUGUCAUCAGAAUGACAUCACAUUUCAACCUGCAGCACGCUGAUGAUGCGAUUAACUCCAGCAGCUACAGGCAGGGCUUUACUGUAAGAACGAGCAGAUUCUUAAACACACUGAAUCAAUGGUAGCAACCAUGCAUUAUAAAUGACCAGAGUACCCAAACCCGGGUCCCCUCCCGGCUUAUCAAUUUAAACUGGCCUCUGCCUGCGUUUAUAUUUUUUACAGGUCUUGUGUGUAUUUAUUAGAACGCCCUGCUUUAAUAGGCCACACUUUGCUGUUUAAAACAGGAAGAGAGAAAGAACGCGCAGCCGCACACGGUCAAACGCAGGAGACUUUUCAGAAGCUGUUUUAAGAUGUCUAAUUUAAAAGCACAAAGCGAUCUGACGCAUUUUCACACAGGAGCGGCUGUUCUUUCUAUAGAUUACUGAGCGGAGAUUGAGAUUCUCACACCCAGAGGUGUUUUCAUGCAGGCGGGUCUAUAAAGGAUAUCAAUGAGGAGUAAAUCUGCACACUGCUGUGUGUGUGUGUGUCUGUCUCCUAUCUAUCUAUCUAUCUAUCUAUCUAUCUAUCUAUCUAUCUAUCUAACUGGCAACUCAGAUCAAAUCUCUGUUGUGCAAUUUAUAUAAUUUUAUACUAACCUGAUGAAUGUUGCCAAAGCAUUCAUAUUCAUGCAAAAUGCUUUUUUUUUUCUUAAGUGCAGUCUCGCCUAUUUGUAGAUUUCUAACCUAUAUGCAGAUAUUUUGUGAUAUCUUUCAGAGUCCAUUACCCAAUCACUCAGUCUCUUAAAGGAAAUGCUCAUAAACAUUAGCCAGUGAAGCUGCCGCCCCUUUAACUUUCCCCCCUUUCUCUCUCUCUGUAAAGGUCAUUUUUUCACUGAUCCAGGAUUUUUAAUAUUUACCGCACGCACGCACACACGCACGCACGCAUACACACCUGUUCAGGACUUUGCUGUCAUUAUCAUAUUCAGCCUGGUUAAGUAACAUACAUUCCUGGGGAAAAAAAAAACAACAUAAUAAUAUUAAUAAGUUGAAUAAAAAAAUAU